CUCCGGGGCAGGGGGUUAUCCAGAGAGGAAAGACAGACGAUUAUUGCUGGCCUAAGAGAAAACAGUGUGUCAAGGUCCCAGACUCACAUUGUGUUACACAGCUCCCCCUGUCGUGGAUUGACUGGAGAUCAGACCAGUGUGGAUUUCAGGGAUCAGAUUUGACGGCUUCACUUCACAGUCAACGAGCAUGGCCAGAUGUAACAGGGACUGAUCAAGGGGCCUGGUGUCGGAGCACGAGGCAGACCAAUCUGCGACAGUGGAGGAACACGAGUGACCUAUGAGUUUUCGCCCUCCCCUGCUACAUGGCCAGCCUCGGCCGCGGCGCGCCUCUGCCGGGGCGCAGCGCACUUGUUGAGGAGCCGCGGUUUCAGGAGCUGGUGCAGAAGAGCCGCAGCUUGACGGAGAAGAUCCUGGGGUCCGUUCCCGCCGCGCACGAGUCCUGCGUCCGCACAGAGAGUUUCAAACUCAAUUCCUCAGAAAAUGCACACCUGGCGAUAAUGGCAGCCAACAUUGGAAUCCUUCCCGCUCCUGUGCUCAGAGCUGUGUCAGAAAACGUCAUUUCGAAGACCAUUUUGACACGCAUAUCCGAGGGUCUUCAGCUGCACCGGGCCUUACUGAGCACCAUCUCUGGGCGGCUGCAAAACAAAGACCAGGUGACAGAGCUGAUGGCCGACAUCAGGGACCUCGACAUUCAGAUCAACAAGAUGCUGAAGAUGGUCCAAGAGGAGGCUGUGGUGCUGCCCACCCAACCCACGGUGACUCUACGUCUACCUGGGGAAUACGAGGUCCAGCUGGCGGCACACCUGACUCUGGAGCAGCUCCUGUCAUUUGGGCAGGACACAGUCCGCUACCUCAGGAGUCUGGACAAGAGCAACGAAGAGGAGACGGAGAGCUGGCCAACUGGUGUCACACUCUAAAUGCUUUUGGCUUUUAUCCCCCCUCAUUGUUAUGGCAUUUAUUUAUUUGUUAAGAUAUAUUUAUUUUUCUAAAUCUAUUUUCUAUUUAUGUAUUUAUUUAUGAAUAUGAAAUAUUUAUUUGGGGAAUUUGUUUUGGUAAAAAAGCUUUGCAAUCCUCCAUUAUGUUCUAACCCAGGUCUGCUGCCUUCCACUAUGCUCACAUUACAUUAGCAUCACUGAAAAUUAAAUCAUUCUCAACCCUCAGAUAUAAACAAACACUAUAUGUAUACAUUAUUCAAUAGUGCAAAAACUAUGCUUACAAUUUCUCUUCAUAACAGAGUUUAUUAACAAUUAUGUAAAAAACAGCAAGAGUAAGAGUUAUUUAACUUUAUCAAGUAUAAACACUCAUUUUAGGGGAAUGGGGCACAUCAUGGAUAUGUUCUGUAAAUAUUCAUAGAUUAAACUAAUUAUUUUUGGGUGAAACUUAUUUCAAAACUGCAAGUUCUGAUCGUUUCAAUAAAAAAAAGUUGCCUAAAAAGGGA